UGCCCCUCUGAGUCUGAAUUUUGUUUAUAAGUUUAAUGAGAAAACUUUGAAGGAUAAUAAUGCCAUCUGAUUGCUAGUUUAGGAAGAAAACUCCGCUAAGUCAGGGAUGGUCUAAACAGGAGUAAUAAUGGAGGCGGAGACCACUUAGGGGGCUGAUGCAGAAGUCUGGAUGAGAGAUGAUUGUGGCUAAGAUUAGAAUACUGGUGAAGCAGCUGGAUUUAAGCUAUAUUUUAACUGCUGAGCCAGCAGAAUUUACGGGUGGAUUGGAUACAAGUGUGAAAGAAAAUAAAGAGUGAAGGCCCAGAGGUUCACCCAGAAUCUACAAGGAAACCAUUAAAACCACUGCCAAAGGCCAAAGACUUGCUAACCCAGCUAACCAGACUUUUAUACAAUGGAUUGGCAAGAUAAAGAUGGGAGAUCCCACCCAUUGAGGCAGCGAAGACGUUCAGAGUUAAGGCUAGAGGCCCGCUCUGGCCAGCCCCCUAAGCUCGGUCCUCAGGGAGGCAUGGCGAAGUCCAGGGGCCGACUCUACCUUUGGAUGUGCUUGGCUGCGGUGCUGGCAUCUUUCCUGGCAGGAUUUAUGGUGGGCUGGUUUAUUAAGCCCUUCAAAGAAAGCACUUCACUGGGCUAUCAUCAAAGUAUGCGGUGGAACCUGGUAUCUGAGAUGAAAGCUGAAAAUAUUAAAUCGUUUCUUCGUUCUUUUACAAAGCUCCCUCAUCUGGCAGGAACAGAACAAAAUUUACUUCUUGCCAAGAAAAUCCAAACCCAGUGGAAGAAAUUUGGACUGGAUUCAGCCGAGUUGGUUCAUUAUGAUGUUCUCCUAUCCUACCCUAAUGAGACAAAUGCCAACUAUAUAUCAAUCAUGGAUGAACAUGGAAUUGAGAUUUUCAAUACAUCAUACCUUGAGCCACCACCAGAUGGAUAUGAGAAUGUUACAAACAUUGUUCCACCGUAUAAUGCUUUCUCAGCCCAAGGCAUGCCAGAGGGAGAUCUUAUAUAUGUGAACUAUGCUCGUACUGAAGAUUUUUUCAAACUGGAAAGAGAGAUGAACAUCAAUUGCAGUGGAAAGAUUGUUAUUGCAAGAUAUGGAAAAAUCUUCAGAGGAAAUAAAGUUAAAAAUGCCAUGUUAGCAGGAGCCAUAGGCAUCAUCUUGUACUCCGAUCCAGCUGACUACUUUGCCCCUGGGGUACAGCCAUAUCCUAAAGGAUGGAACCUUCCUGGAACUGCAGUGCAGAGAGGGAAUGUGUUAAAUUUGAAUGGUGCUGGUGACCCGCUCACUCCAGGCUAUCCAGCUAAAGAGUACACUUUUAGACUUGAUGUCAAAGAAGGAGUGGGAAUCCCCAAGAUCCCUGUACAUCCUAUUGGGUAUAACGAUGCAGAAGUAUUGUUACGUCACAUGGGAGGAACUGCUCCACCAGAUGACAGCUGGAAGGGAAGUCUUAAUGUGGAUUACAACAUUGGGCCUGGCUUUGCAGGGCAUGAUUCCUUCAGGAAGGUUAGAAUGCAUGUUCAUAACACCAAUAAAAUUACAAGGAUUUAUAAUGUAAUUGGAACAAUCAGAGGAUCUGUGGAACCUGACAGGUAUGUUAUUCUAGGAGGUCAUCGGGACUCCUGGGUGUUUGGAGCUAUUGACCCAACCAGUGGAGCUGCUGUUUUGCAAGAAAUUGUCCAGAGUUUUGGAAAACUGAUGGGUAGAGGCUGGAGACCUAGAAGAACAAUCAUUUUUGCCAGCUGGGAUGCAGAAGAAUUUGGGCUGCUGGGCUCCACAGAAUGGGCUGAGGAGAAUGCAAAAACACUCCAGGAGAGAAGCAUUGCUUAUAUCAAUUCUGAUUCAUCUAUAGAAGGCAAUUAUACUCUGAGAGUUGACUGUACACCCCUUCUUUACCAAUUGGUGUAUAAACUGACAAAAGAGAUAUCCAGCCCAGAUGAUGGUUUUGAGAGUAAGUCUCUUUAUGAAAGCUGGUUGGAAAAGGACCCUUCAUCUGAAAAUAAAGAUUUUCCUAGAAUCAACAAGCUGGGAUCUGGAAGUGAUUUUGAAGCUUACUUUCAGAGACUUGGGAUUGCUUCAGGCAGAGCCCGUUACACUAAGAACAGGAAAACAGAUAAGUACAGCAGCUACCCGGUAUACCAUACAAUUUAUGAGACGUUUGAAUUAGUAGAGAAUUUUUAUGACCCUACUUUUAAAAAACAGCUUUCAGUGGCUCAGUUACGAGGGGCACUGGUUUAUGAGCUUGCAGACUCUAUAAUCAUUCCUUUCAAUAUUGAAGACUAUGCAAAAGCUUUGAAAAACUAUGCAACAAGCAUCUACAAUUUAUCUAAGAAACAUGACCAACGAUUGAGAGACCAUGGAGUAUCAUUUGAUUCUUUAUUUUCUGCUGUGAAAAACUUCUCAGAUGCUGCUUCAGAUUUUCAUAGAAGACUCACAGAAGUUGAUCUUAACAAUCCUAUUGCAGUGAGAAUCAUGAAUGACCAAUUGAUGCUCCUGGAGAGAGCAUUCAUCGAUCCUCUUGGUUUACCAGGGAGGCGGUUCUAUAGGCACAUCAUCUUUGCUCCAAGUAGCCACAACAAAUACGCUGGAGAAUCAUUUCCUGGGAUCUAUGAUGCUAUGUUUGAUAUUGAAAAUAAAGAAGACCCUCAAUCAGCCUGGACAGAAGUAAAGAAACACAUUUCUAUUGCAGCCUUUACAAUUCAAGCAGCAGCAGGAACCCUGAAAGAAGUGUUAUAGGAAGGUCUCAGCCAAAUGGCCAUUAAAAGUGUUACUGAAAGUCUCAGGAUAAAAUCCUUCCUUGUUUUUUGAUCACUUAUGAAGCCAGAGUAUUCAAUAAUCUUGCUUUUCAUGUCCUAUUUUGAUUUAGACUUCCAUUCUGUUCAUCUGUAAAGAGUUUUUUGGCUUUUUAAAAAUUCAAAACUUCAUCACCAAAUCAUUAAUCUAAUAAAAGAACUCCAGUCUUGGGGCAGAAAGACAUAAAGUAACUGAAAAUUCCCACAAAUAAAAUAUGACAAGGAACUUGGAGCUCUCAGACGUUGCUAGUAGAAAUGUAAAAUGGUACAACCAUUUUGGAAAACAGUUUGUUAGCUUCUCACCAAGUUAAAAAAUACAGUUAACCCUUGAACAUGGGUCUGAACUGCACAAGUCCACUUAUACAUAAUUUUUUCUAAUACAGCAUUUUCUUUAUGAUUUUAACAUUUUUCUAGUUUUACUGUAAGAAUACAGCAUAUAAUACAUAUAUAAAAAUAUGGGUUAAUCAACUGUUUAUAUUUUUGGUAAGGCUUCUGCUCAACAGUAGGCUAUCAGCUGUUAAAUUUUUAGGGAGUAGAGUUAUAUGCAUAUUUUUGCCUGCCUGGUAGAUUGGCACCCGUAACCCUCACACUGUUCAAGGGUCAACUGUAGUAACCCUUGCAAGUUAUUGUUUCAUAAGUUAUGUUUUUAUCAUCUUUAACCAACAGCUGAUAAUUAGAACAAGUGAUUAUGUGCCAAAGCCAUGUAAUUAAGCAAGGAUGUUACAUAUAUAAUGAGCUUUUUUAAAUUUUUUUCAUGUUGAUUUUUGAGGCAUAGAGAGUGCGCGAGUGAGCACAUGAGCAGGGGAGGGGCAGAAAGGGGGAGACACAGAAUCUGAAGCAGGCUCAUGGCUCUGAGCUGUAACCAAGAGCCCAACGUGGGGCUUGAACCCACGAGCCAUGAGAUCAUGACCUGAGCCAAAGAUGGAUGCUCAACUGACUGAGCCACCCAGGCACCCGUGAGCUAUUUCUUAACGUUUUCCCUUACGAGUACUUUACCUAUAAGAUGUACAAAGGUAGAAACAGAGGGAAAAGGAAACACAGGAGAUAAAAAAAAUAACCAGAAAGCAAAAAAGAAGACAGCAGUAGUUAAUUAUAAAUGGACUGAAUUCACCAAAGGGCACAAAGUGGCUGGAUGCAAAAAACACCUAACUAUAUAGCUGUCUAAAGGAAACUCAUUUUAGUUCUAAAAACACAGACUCAAGGUGUAGGGACAGAGGAGGAUAUUCCGUGCAUGUAGAUACCAAAAAAAAAAGUAGGCAUCACCAUAUUUAUGCCAGAAAAAAUACACUUCAAGCCCCAAACAUUAAGAGACAAAGAAGUCACUAAUGAUAAAUACAUCAAGAAGAUAAAACAAUUAUAUAUCUAACAUCAGAACAUCACAAUUAAAUGGAUUCAACAGUCAUAUACAGAACAUUCCAACCAACAGCAUAAUCCACGUUUUUCUCAAGUGCAUAUGGACAUUUGCCAAGGCAGAUCACAUGAUAGGGCACAAAACAAAUCUCAGCAAAUUUAAGAUUGAAAUAAUACCAACUAUCUUUUCUGACCACAAUAGUGUAAAAUAGAAAUCAGCAAGAGAAAGCUAGAAAAAUCUACCAAUAUGUGGAAACUAAACAUACUUCUAAAUAAUCCAGGAGUCAAAGAAAAAAAAUGGAAAUAUGACACAUUAAAUCUUAUGGGGUGCAGCAAAAGCAGUUGAGAGGAAAGUUUACAGUAUAAAUGCAUAUAUUGAGAAAUUACAAAGAUCUCAAACAGCCAGUUGUGAAAGUUACUCUAGGAAAUGUAAAAAGAACAAAUAAAGUCUAGACAUAGCAGAAGGAAAUAAAAGCAGAAAUAAAAGCUCUUUCAGAAAAAAGCAUCAGUAAAACCUAAAAGCUGGUUCAUCAAAAAGAUAAACCUGACAAAACUUUAGCCAGACUUAGAAAUGAAACUAAUCUUGGGGUGCCUGGGGGACUCAGUCAUUAAGCAUCUGACUUCAGCUCAGGUCAUGACCUCAUGGUGUGUGAGUCUGAGAUGCCCACGUUGGGCUCUGUGCUGACAGCUCAGAGCCUGGAGCCUGCUUCAGACUCUGUGUGUCUCUCUUUCUCUGCCCCUCCCCCAUUCACACUUUGUCUCUCUCAAAAAUAAACAUUAAAAAAAUUUUUUUAAAAAAGAUCUUACAACUGAUACUACAAAAAUACACAGGAUUGCAAGAGACCAUUAUCAACAACUAUAUGCCCCAAAACAGGUAAAAAGGAUACAUUUCUAGAAACAACCUAUCAAGACAAUGAAAAAGAAACAUAAAACAUGAAUAGACCAAUAAGGAACAAGAGACUGAAUAAUUUAAAACAUCACAGUACAAAAAAUAACCCAAGACCAGAUGGCUCCAUUGGCAAAUUCUAAUAAACACUCCUAGAAUUAACACCAUCUUUCUCAAACUUCCAAAAACUUUAGGUAUACGGAAUAUUUUCAAACUCAUUUAAAAGGCCAGCAUUAUUCUGGCGCUAAAGCCAGAAAAGAACAAAAAGUAGAGACCAAUACUGCUGAUGAACACAACUCUCAACCAAAUAUGAGCAAACCUAAUUGAAGAACACAAAAAGCUUAUACAUCUUGACUAAAUGGGAUUUAUCCCUGGGAUGCAAAAAUGGUUCAAUACGUGUAAAACAAAUGUCAUACAUCACAUUAAUAAAAUGAAAGACAAAAAUCACGAUCAUCUAUGCAUUUAAAAUGCAACAUCCUUUCAUGAUAAAACUUCAGGCACAUUGGGUAUAGAAUGAACAUACCUCAACAUAAAGGCCAUGUAUGACCAACCCACAGCUAACAUGAUACUCAACUGAGAAAAACUGAAAGCUCUUGCUCAUAUCCAAAUCAGGAAGGAAGAAGUGAAACUGUCCCAUUUGUAGUUAAUAUGAUUUUUGUCUAUGCAACAUCCUAAAGACUCAAAAAAAAAAAAAAAAAACAACUAAUCAGGGAUUUCAGUAAAGUUGCAGGACACAAAAUGUACAGAAAUAAGUUACAUUCCUAUACACUAAGGAUGAAACAUCUGAAAAAAUUAUCCCAUUCACUGCAUCAAAAAUAAUCCUUAGAAAUAAAUGUAAUCAACGAAGUGAAAGAGUACAAUGAAAACUGUAAGACUGCUCAAAGAAAUUAAAGACAAAUGGAAAGACAUCCUGUGUUCAUAAAUCAAGAGUAUUAAAAUGUUCAUAUUGCACAAGGCCAUCUGCAGAUUCAAUGCAAUCCCUAUCAAAAUACCAAUGGCAUUAUUCACACAAAUAGAAAAAACAAUCCUAAAGUUUGUACGGAACUGCAAAAGACCCCAGACAGCCAAAGCAAUCUUGAGGAAAAAGAACUAAGCUGGAGGUAUCUCCUGACUUCAAACUAUACUACAAAGCUACAGUAAUAAAAACAGCAUGGUAUUGACACAAAAACUGACAGAGACCAACAGAACAGUGAGCCCAGAAUCAAACCCCCGCUUUAACAAUCAAUAUUUGACAGGGAGAAAAGAGCAUCCAAUGGGGAAAGGACAGUCUCUUCAAUAGAUGGCUGUUGGAAAAACUGAAUAAACACUGAGCAAUGAAAUUAGGCUCCUAUCUUAUACUCCUCUCGGAAAAUAACUGGGAAUGGAUCAAAGACUUCAACAUAAAACUUGAUACUAUAAACCUAGAAAAAAAAAAUGGGAGACGAAGCUCUUUAACACUGGUCUUCGUAAUGUUUAGGAUAUGACCCCAAAAGCACAAAAGCAAAACUCAACAAAUGGGACUACACCAAAGUUAAGUUUUCACAGAGCAAAAAAAAAAAAAAAAAAAAAAAGAAAAAGAAAAAUCAAGUUACAGAAUGGGAGAAAAUUUUUGCUAAUCAUCUAGCUCAUGGAGUUAAUAUCCAAAAAAUAUAAAGAACUCCCUACAACUUGGAAACAAAAAACCCAAAUCCAAAAAAUGGCAGAACUAAACAGACAUUUUCUAGAUAUCCACAUAGCCAAAAACACAUGAAAAGAUGCUCAACUUCACUAAUCAUCAGGAAAAUACAAAAUAAAACCAACACGAGAUCCCAUACCUAUUCAAAUGGCUACCAUCAAAAAGAUAAAAGUGUAGCAAGGAUGUGGAGAAGAGGGAACCCUUGUGCACUAUUGUUAGGAAUGUAAACUGGUACAGCCUCUAUGGAUAAUAGUGUAGAGUCUCCUUAAAAUUUUUUUAAAAAGAGCUAUCAUAGGACCUAGUAAUUCUACUUCUGGGUAUUUAUCCAAAGAAAAUGAAAACACUAACUCAAAAUGAUAUAUGCACCCCUACAUUCACUGCAGCAUUAUUUGUAAUAGCCAAGAUAUGGAAAGAACCUGUGUCCAUCAACAGAUGAAUGGAUAAAAUGUGGUGUGUAUAUACACACUGGAGUAAUAAUUCACCCAUGACAAAGACAUCCUGCCAUUUGUGACAACAUGGAUGGAGUUUGAGCACGUUAUGCUAAGUGACAGAAGUUGAGAGAAAGACAAAUGCUGUAUGAUAUCACUUGUAUGUGGAAUUUAAAAAGGCCAAAGUUGUAGAAACACAAUAAAAUGGUGGUUACCAAGGGAUGAAAGUUGUGGGGUCAAGAACAGAUGUUAAGGGUACAAAUUUACAAGGAGCAGUUACUUUAAACCAAGGAGUAGUUAAGCCUUAGAGAUAUAAUGUAUAGUACAAUAAAAAUAAUAAAUUGUAUUAUAACCAAACUUAA